UAGAGCAUUCCGCGCAACAUUAUUUGACAACAAAGUGGUAGGCCUCAGAUAAACUGGAUGUUGAAUUUUAAAAUUGUUACGCUAUAUUGGAUAGUUUUAAACUGCAUUGAGGUAUUAAGUAGUUAUUAAAACGUCAAAAUUGCUUUUGCACAAUAAGAAUUGGCAGGAUGACUAUUCUACCAAAGAAGAAAGCACAGGAUGGGAAAGCUAGCGAUCCAGAUUUCGAGGAAGGUAGAAGCAGGUCAAGUAGGAUCCGUACCAACCGGGAGCGUUCCCGUCCAAGUUCAAGCGAAGUAAGUGUUAGUGCAGAUUGCUCGGCGACCGCUUCAAUCAAUGCAUCAACAUCCAGAUUUGAAUACAGUAGUGAACUUGAAAAACUAGAAAGUAUAGACUGUAGCUCUGUGCCCUACAAACGAACAAGGCACCGGCCAGCAGGCUCGAGCUCCGGAAAGCUAACAAUGUCCGGAUCAGAAGCUGGAAGAGGAACGAGAGGAAGACAUAGCGAUAAUAACGAUAACGAAGAAGGUUAUAACAGCUCAGACGAACACGGAGCUUCUGAAGCAGAUCCAGACAUAGCUAAGAAAGAAGAAAUAUUUGAAAGAGAACUUAAGGAAAGAAGAGGGUUUGUUAUUAAAAAGAUGGUACCAGACGGUGCAUGUCUGUUCAGAGCUGUGGCUGAUCAGGUUUAUGGUGAUCAAGAAAUGCAUUCAAUUGUUCGAAAUCAUUGCAUGGAUUAUAUGAUGAAAAAUGCAGAUUACUUUUCAAAAUUUGUAACAGAAGACUUCAACUCUUACAUUUGUCGAAAAAAGAAUGAUUAUUGCCAUGGCAACAACGUUGAGAUGCAAGCUUUGAGUGAAAUGUACAAUCGGCCAAUCGAAGUCUUUGUUUACAGCACUGAGCCAAUGAAUACGUUCUUCUGUCAAUCACAUGUCAGCACGGAUGAGAAUCCUCCAAUACGAUUAAGUUACCAUGGCCGUGUUCAUUAUAACUCGAUAAUCGAUCCAUAUGCACCGGCUGUUGGCGUGGGCCUCGGAUUAGCUGGCUACAAGCCUGGAAUCACAGACAGGAUGCUGCUGAACUCUGUGAUUCGCAGUACCGAAAAUCAAGCUCUGGAAGAGGCAAUGCUUGAAGAUAAACUGAAAGCCACUGAUUGGGAAACGACUGAUGAAACGAUGACGGAAAUUGUCGCACGUGAAUCUUAUUUACAAUGGUUGAAAGAAAACCAAAGAAAACAUCGAUCACAGGCCGCCUCUGCAGAAAGUUCGUCCGCGUCAAGCUCACAAAGCAGGCGAUCUCCUCCGCAUGAUCAACCGUCUCCUCGACCAUGUGCAUCAGGGUAUUCCCCACGAUCUCCACGUUCAAGUAAACCUACAAGUCCACGUCAGCAUUCGCCAGGGUCGUCGCCAAAGCGCCCAGAUGAGCAGAGUGCAAAUAACAGAUGCUCCCCCGCACGAAAGCAAGAAGUAGAGAACUGUGUUGGCGCAACUGGUUGGAGCGGCAGUUAUCCACCAAACCACGAUUUUAACGAAUGGGACGACGAUCAAAUUAUCGCUGCAGUGUUGGCGAAAUCGCAGAAAGAAUACUAUGAACAACUCUCGAAUUCCGGCGGACAUAGAAACAGCGACAAGAGUUGAACGACUUUCGCAAAUUUAGGCCGCUUUGUUGUUGUCAGUGAUUGUCACGUGUAAGUGUUCUUAUAUGGCAAGAGUAUAGCUAGGCAAUUGUAUAUAGAUUAAACUUGAAUCUUCAUAUUCUCUCAGAUUAUUUGAAAUACAAAUCCAAAUGUAUCACCAAUGAACAGUUAUAUUAUCCAUAAUGGUUUUUUAAUGGAUUAGGAAUGUACUGUGUUUGUUUUCAGUCAAAAUACUAUCGUCUAAAAUUUGUUGUUUUGUAAAUUAAAGUUGUGUUUAAUUAAAUUUCACAGUAGAAUAUAA